AUGGGUGACAUCAUUGAGGAAGCGACAGCAUUCAUGGCCGCCUGCUACGGGGUCAAAAGCGUGGUGACAUCGAGCAUGUCUGAGGUCCGUGGGGAAGUCUGGUGUCGAAGGAUGGGUAGACAAUAUGUGACAAAGGCUCUGGAGUUCAGGUCACUCCCUCCUUCUAAAGAGGCGUUCGAAGAGAAUAACACCAGCUGCGAGGAAGAGGAGAACGUCAGCUGCGAGGAAGAGGAGAACGCCAUCUGCGAGGAGGAGGACGCCAUCUGCGAGGAGGAGGACGCCAUCUGCGAGAAGGAGGAGGACGGCAGCAGCGAGGAGGACGCCAUCUGCGAGAAGAAGGAGGACGCCAGCUGCGAGGAAGAGGAGAACGCCAGCUGCGAGGAGGAGGACGCCAUCUGCGAGGAGGAGGAGGACGCCAGCAGCGAGGAGGAGGACGCCAUCUGCGAGAAGGAGGAGGACGCCAGCAGCGAGGAGGAGGACGCCAGCUGCGAGAAGGAGGAGGACGCCAGCUGCGAGGAGGAGGACGCCAUCUGCGAGAAGGAGGAGGACGCCAGCAGCGAGGAGGAGGACGCCAGCUGCGAGAAGGAGGAGGACGCCAGCUGCGAGGAGGAGGACGCCAGCUGCGAGGAGGAGGACGUCAGCGGCGAGGAGGAUGACGCCAGCUGCGAGGAAAAGGACGCCGGCUGCAGGGAAGAGGGCACCAGCUGCGAUAAAUCAGAAUAUAGUAGAGCAACCGGACAACAACGGCGGCGAGCAGAAAAAGAAGAGAUGCUGGUGUUGCGGAUCGACGGCACACAUCAAAAGAGACUGCACAAAGAAGUCGAAGAUGCAAUUGACAAACUGACGCCCAUGGUAGAGCUACAGCAUGUUAAGAGACCUACCCUGACCUCCCCCUCUCCCUAG